AUGUCAAGAAGAGGCUUACGAGAUGAAGAAAUCGAACGAUUAUUGUGUGAAAUUCCAUCAGACGAGGAUUCCACUGUUGACACCACAGAUGACGAAUCUGAUUAUGAAGCAAGCAUUGUUGCGGAGGCUAUUGUGUCGUCUGAAGGCGAAGUUUCAGAGAGCGAGGAAGAAAGUGAGUCCACUCCGCCAAAACGCGCUGCUGACACAGCGCCAACUUGGGGACAACAAUUCAAUGCUACCUCAGGAAUGCAGUUCGACAGUGAAUCAGGACCAAGUGCUUUUAUUAGGGACAUUGAUGAUCCAGAACCUAUCGAUAUAUUCGAAAAAAUAUUUCCAAAAGAGCUAGUUGAGCUAAUCGUUUUCCAAACAAAUUUAUAUGCGACGCAAUCUGGCAAGUCUUUCACUCCAACAACUGACAAUGAAAUACGAACUUUCCUGGGAAUCAACAUUUUGAUGGGUAUAAAGCGUAUGCCAGCAUACAGAGACUACUGGUCUAGUGCCCCAGAACUUCAUGAUCGUUAUAUUGCAUCUCUGAUGGCAGUAAAUCGGUUUGGAUGGUUACUGAGGAACAUUCAUCUGAAUGAUAACACAUUGCAUCCAGAAAAAGGACACCCAGGUUAUGACAAACUGUACAAGCUGCGACCAGUGAUCAAGAUACUAUCUGAAUCUUUUUCCAAGUGUUACCAACCCAGCAAACACCUAGCAAUUGAUGAGUCAAUGAUCAAAUUCAAAGGCCGCAACAGUAUGAAACAAUACAUGAGAGAUAAACCCAUAAAGCGUGGUUACAAAGUGUGGAUGCUGUGUGACAAGACCUCUUACAACUUGAAAUUUGAUAUUUACACCGGAAAAGUAGGUGACACAGUGCAAACAGGCCUUGGGGAGCAUGUAGUGCUGACAGAGAAACAUAUAUGCCUGUGGGACAGUUCAACCAACAAGGAAACAUUUACCCAAAUUAAAAACAGACAAAGAAUUAAGCAGAGGUGA